UUUGGCGGGCUUCACCUAAGCCCCCGCCGUCAGCCCCUGGCCAGUCGUUUCUGUUCGCCUGCGAGGGGUGCUGCUCUUGUGUGAGAUUCUGAGGAGGCUUAUCUCGCAAAUUUGAAGUAAUCAAUACAGUGUUGCCUAUUAAAAUACAGCACAGAAAUGAAAAGGAGUUUAUCUGACACUUCAACUCGCACCACAGCAGGUUGUCUGCCUGUACCUCUGUUCAAUCAGAAAAAAAGAAAUAGACAGCCCCUCACUUCAAAUCCACUUAAAAAUGAGACAGGCUGGGGAACUGCAAACGCAGAAGUAGCUGAACUACAGAAAGCAGUGAACGAUGGCCGAGGAGAACGUGAGAUGGCUCUUUCUCUUAUGAAACCACCAAAUGCAUCAAAUUCUAAUUUAGCAAAUGCUGGCAAAAACUUCUAUGUCUGCAGGGCAGAAGAGAAGACUCCUAGUACUAAAGUUUGGAACAGAAAUGAGUAUACUCCUCUAAGUAACAGAACAGAUUUAAUAUCUGAUAGUGGAACUAUUCGAAAGUUUGAGAACCCUUCAAAUACUUUGAAAACUGUUCAGCAGCAAAAAAAACCUGAUAACUGUAAUUCACCUCAGCAUAUCAAAACAAGAGCAACUAACCAACCACAUGCACGUACAGGACAAUGGCCAGUGAAACCUAACACUGUACCAAGAAGUCUUCAGGAUCAUGGUCUGGCACAUAAAUUUAACUGCAACAGUCAGCAAAGUAACAUGAAUGAAAAACAAUUUGAUUGUGUUCCAGAAGACAAAAUUCAGGAGGUUUCAUCAACUGAAUUAAAACGUAAAGAAAAAAGGAAUUCUUUGCGAAUCAUAUCUGCAGUCAUUGAAAGUAUGAAGCACUGGAGUCAAUAUGCUUACAAAACUGUACUAUUAUUUGAAGUUUUAGGCACACUUGAUUCUGCAGUCACAUCUGGAGCAUAUGGAGCAAAGAAUUUUCUUUUGAGAGAUGGAAAGGAGAGUCUGCCUUGUGUUUUUUAUGAAAUUGACAUUAUCACCUGAGUUCUCACAGGCCACCACCAAAUGUCACAGCCACUGCUGAAUGCAAGUCAGUUUAUAGUCAAGUCCACGUGCACUGAUUCAGCUGUAAGUCACUUUUAAUUUCUGCUUUCUAACCUUCUGCCCUGCCAAAAGUUACAGUCUCACUCUCUUCCUCUCUUGUCCUCUGUACUUCACUGGUGUCCUGCAGCCAGAUGGUAACUGACAGUUUCUCCUCUGAAGGGUUUGCUGAACAAGGCAGUACCCCUGGGCUGUGCUCUUGUUCCCUGUUGCAGACCCAAGGCUUUAAAAAUGUUUUCCUCUUAAAAAAAAAAAAAAGCUACCUGAGUUUGUUAAUUUCUAAAUAAAAUAACUUUAUUAUCAGGAACAGGUUAUCAUUAGAGUCCUUUUUAUGGAAAACAGAGCAUUCUAUACAAAAAGUUGUAAAUUAUAAUUGGAAAUAAUACUGAGUUAAUAUCACUGCUACUCAGGGAAAAGCAGCAUUUUCUGCUAUUUUAAAAUACAAUAAAUUUUAAUUUUUUGUCAUUGCACAGGUUCAAUCAUUUUAUUAAUCUUCUGAAGUACUAUUUAAGUAUUUAAAUCAAUCACAAUGUGUUUUCCUGUUAAUUUUAAACCAGACAAACCAAAGUAAUGCAGUUCUCUAGAGUAUGUGCAGAGGGCACUAAUGUACAACUGUCUUAAAUACCAUGCACAAAAAAAUGGCUAUUUCCAUUUCCACUUCUUUCCCCAAGACUGCUGGAGUUUUCAAGAUAUGAAACAAUUUAACAGCUUUCUGUAUCAUGAGGCAGGAGUGUGAAAACUUGGUUAAGAUUAUGUGUAUCCUUCCAUACAAAUGUUUAAACUCUGAAAAGAAUUGGAGAUGAAAAUCCAGAAAUGGUCCACAGAUAUAAGGGUCAAAAAGAACCAUGUAGGGGGUAUUGUUUUAUUUUAUUGUAUUUGUUAAUGUGUUUAAAUGAUGUGUAACAAUGAUUACUAGUAGUAAAAUACGCUGUGUGCCUGAAUUAUCUUCCUGGAAUUACCUGCUGUAAGAAGAUUAUUUGGUCUUAGAAGUUCUUUUUGCUUACUUGCUUACUUUAGGAGUAAAUUAUAUUCCUGAUACUUGUAACUAUGAUGGUUUAAUUGCAAGAGUGUAGGACUUCUCAUCAAUCAUGAGAGUUAGGGCUGAAUCGUAUGCCAGUAAGAGUAUUCUUCCAAAUGUGUUACAGAUUACUUUACCAUCUUAUCUAUUCUUGGAACAUUUUUAUUGACAAAACUUAAUCUACCAAAGCAGCUGUACUUUCUCACUCAUCUCAUCAAGGAGUUUCCUCUUACUUAUAAUCCAUUUUCUCUCUCCUUAAAGCUGGCAAUUCUUAGGCACACUCAGCUGACUUUGAGUAACAUUUCCUCAGGUUUAUACAGUGUUCUCUAAUAAUUUUAUUAGCUUCUCUUAAGCUUUUUCUUUAUGUUUAUUUGAUUUUACUAAUAUAAUUUUAAAUAAGAAGGUAGUUGCUGAUCCAAAGCCACAGACACCCUAACACAAAGCCAGAAAUACAGCUAAUAUCUGAGCUGCACUGAGAAAAACCUUUAACCAGUAAAUCAGCCAGAAAUCUUCAAAGGCAUCAUCUCUUUUCCUACUGCACUGGCUAAGCUACUCUUAGUAAUUUCCAGCAGUCUUCCCUAGCAAGUAUUUUUAUAGCAUGCCUGAAGGGUCACUACAUUUAGGAUAUUUUGUACGUACAUGGUGCAAGUUCCCCUGUACAAAAAUGAAAUAUAUUUAAGUCUUUUCUAACAACUGGAAGCCUUAAGACAAUGCUAAAUAAAAUCCAAGGUCACAAUUGUUGUUCUCCAUGCUAAUAGCUGCACGUGAGUGUACAAGCAGAAACAAGAGGCAUUUUGGGGCUAUCCACAGAUUAGCAAUUUUCUCUGGCUACUUCAGAAGAGGAGGAAUUACCUAGACUAAAUUUGGUGAAAGCUGAAAUACAUCUAAGAUCAGCAGGCCUCAUUUUAAAUGUCAAUUAAGUAUAAAUAAAAUGGUUGGAAAAGUGAUUUAUUAAAGAUAAAACUAAAGCAGACAAAAUCUUGCUGUUAUGGAAACAAAACAUUUGAGGGGUGAGGCAAACAGGGACCACCAUUAAAUGCCAUCCCAGGUGCAAGUCAGGUACCCGUAAUUCAAACUCUUGAAAACAGCCCUAGCAAUUGUUUUCUCCAAAGAAAGCAAAGUGGAGAGAAGGGAAAAGUGAUAAUAAUAUCCAUAUACUUGGUAUCAAAAUGAAGCUGUCCUCCUCUGAAAAAGACCUGGAACUAGUUAUAAUGAUACAGUCACUUCUAACAUAUUACAGUUUAGCUCUUCUCCUUUUUAAAGAAUUAUUUCAUUGGCUUCAUUUCAGUCAAACAUGUUGUGAUUUGAAGAACAUGUAUCAGUCCUGGACUGCUGCCAAAUAAGUAGAUUAUACCAGUUCUUUUUCUAGCUUUUCUAAAUGGUGCAACUCACAAGUUAGCACUUCUCAGCUAUAAAAUAAAUGUGGUUAUAAAGAAAGCUACGUAGCAUGUCUAAAUCCUUUCUUAGCUAACAAAGGAUAUGUACUGGUUUGUACAAUGUUUCAGUCUGUGUAUAAAUAAAUG